UCAUACUUGGCGCUGAUUAUUCCCUGUAUGAAUUGGACAAAAACCCAAGUACUCCAGGCUGCACUUAUCAAAAAUCGGUUCCGGAAGGCGCUAAUGGAAAACGUGAUCAUGAUUUGCUACGCGGUAUUAAUCGACAACUUAGGUUGUCAAAACGGAUAUGGUAUGACGCUAUUAAAGGUUUUAAUAUUACUAAGGACUUUGCUGAUCUCAUUGAUUCUACGAUUCAGCAAACUGGGAAAAAACCCACAAUUAUAUUAACUGGUCCAGCUACCAAUAUUGUUAUUCUUUUACGUGCUUUUCCAACUUAUUCUGCAAAAAUUGACAAAGUUUUCUGGAUGGGCGGUAAUUUAAAUGUCCCUGGAAAUUUAUUUAGCGUACCAGACAAUACUCAUGCUGAAUUUAAUGUUUUUCUUGAUUGCGUUGCUGCUCAAGAAUUGCUUGCUUCUGACUUGGAUAUUACUUUGGUACCAUUAGAUUUUACAAGUCAAAAUCCAUUUAGUCCUACACUUUUCAACAAACUCUCAAAACUCAAAAGCUUUUAUGGUGUGUUUACAUAUAAUCUUUUGUCUGUUAUUCGCGCAAGUUGGCGUGGUGGUGAAUCUGGAUUUUAUACUGGUUAUUAUCUUUGGGAUUCUAUUACAAUAGCUGUUGUUAAAAAUAUUGGUGUUGCAAAAAUUGUAUCAAAUCGUUCAUUGACUAUUACCUGUAAUGGAAACCCGAGUUAUGAUGGUCAGUUUGUAUAUUCGGAUCUCCUUACAAAUUCAAAUUUUAAAGUUGCAAUUGACGCUAUUGUUAGUGAUCCAACUGAAAAUUCCCCAUUUUUUCAAGAUUUUCUUAAU